UAUACUUAAAACACCUGUUCAGAAUAAGUAAUUAGCCAUUAUACAGCUUGCCUAUCAUAAGGUAAAGCAGCGCACAUAACUAUUAUAGUACUAUAUGUAUCAGACAUUGAACUAGCCAGAAGAGAUGGAGAUAAGUGAGAAGGAUAUAUACAGCUCAGUCAGAUCAGAAGGACAACACAGCAUGGUGUACAACAGUGGCUACAUAACACACGUUGAACCUGACUACGAACAGACCACUAACAAUGGAGAUUCCAGCACUAUGGGAGACUCAUUUGAGCAUGUAACAAUAAACCCAGUUUAUGAAGACGUAGGUAAGACAGAUACAACAGAAUAUAAUCAUCUGUUUAGUUUAUCUAGGACAUCUAAACAAAUCUACAGCCAACUAAUGCUCAAGAAGCAGACAACAGGCUGCAAACUAAGUUGCUUAGCAGUGGUGGCUACUUUGGCUGUUGUCUUGUCCAUAGCAGCGGUGUUGGGGAUUAUAACAGCACAAGCAAGCCUUCAUAAUGAGAUAGGUCAGCAAGAAACUUUAGCAGAACAAGCAAAGAAUUGUGCAUGUACCACAGCUCUGGCUAAUAGCACCCGCUCUCCACAAGAUUUUGAAAAUUUGGAGGACAGAUUGAAUACAACUAUGGAAGAACUUGACGUACUCAAGAAUAUGGUGACUCAAAUCUCAUUGGCCUACCAACAGUUGCAGCAAGAGCACCUUUCCCUACAAUCUUCAGUGGACACAUUCCGACUAGAUCAGAUCACACUUCAGAGCGAUGUCACCACCCUAAAAAAUCAAAUCAGCUCUCCUGUCAAUCUCUAUCAGAAUUGCUAUGAACAAACAGUUGAGUGUUACCUCUCUCCAACCAUGGGCCGCUAUUGGAGGCAGUGUUCAACUGGAGAGCUACCCAUUAGCAUAACUGGACAAUACACACUGAGUAUGCGAUGUGAGCAUCGAUCAAGACGGUUUGGAAUCUUUCAAGAGUCAGCAUAUCUGCGACCAAACGACUCGAACCAGAAUGUUCGUUGUGUGUGCGAUACAACCUACCCAAGAGAGGAUGCAGAUGGUCAUUGGCUCAUACCUGGCGACAGUGAUGUGGACCUAUUUUGCAAACUGACUAUUAUCAGAUGUCCUAUUGCAUCCACUUUGUACAACUAGUUAUGUAUAACUACAUGGUCACACAUGGUGUCAUGUGGGAGCAGCAGCGUUUGAAUUCAAAAUUUGGAGUUUUAAUUAAUUGUACUGUGAUGAUUCAUGAUA